AUGGAGGUCGGAGUGGCCGACGUGGUGCGCGAGCACGAGACCCCUCAGCAUCACGUUGCUCAGCACCCCGCCGCGCCGGCUUGGCUGGUUCGCUGGGAGACAAACCGUCCUCGAUUGCUCAUGGAGUGCGCUGCCGAGUGCAUCGGUGUCUUCUUCUACGUUUUCUGCGGUAUCUCGGCUACAGCAUCUUUCUACACCAGCACUGUCGCAAAGGUCGCCGGGUUCGGUAGCAUCUUGAACAUCGCCCUGUCUUAUGCCGUCGGAAUCGCGUUCGGUAUUAUUGUUGCUGCGCCUACAUCUGGUGGUCACUUGUCACCAUGCUACACCAUCGCAUUUGUCAUCUUUAAAGGCUUCCCGUUGAGAAAGGCUCCAUUCUACAUUCUCAGCCAGAUCCUUGGCGCAUUCAUCGCGUCAUUGUUCGUAUACGGCGCUUACAAGGAUCAGCUCCAACCAAUCGCUACUGAGCUCCGUGCCCUGGGCGCCGUUGGCGAAGCAUCCAUCUACUCGACUGCCGGACCCGCCGGUGUUUUCGCUCUGUUCCCGAACCCAGAAUCGAGCUUCGGAGCAGUUGCAUUGGGAGAGAUCAUUGCCAAUGCCUUCAUUGCCAUCCUGGUCUUCUCAGUCCUUGAUCCUAGCAAUCCCUUCGUCUCAUUCUCAUCCGCGCCUAUGCUCAUCGGUCUUUCCUAUUUCGUCUGCAUUGUCGGCUUCGCAGAGAACGGGAUCGCUCUUAACACUGCGCGUGAUUUGGGUGGUCGCUUCGUCGCUGGCAUUUUCUUCGGACGCCAGUCAUUCCCAGCUCAAUACUCCGCAAUCGCUGCCCUCGUCAACAUUCCGGCAACUAUUGCCGGCGCUGCCGUGCAAGUGUUCAUCCUCUCCGACUCUGCUCGUCCUCAGACCGUACAGAUUCCCGCCGAUGAAGUGACCAGAGUCAUUUCUAACAAGUCGACCGGCCCCAACAACUCGAAUCAUCUUUCCUCCGCUCAGAACGGCAACGGCAAGGCUCAUGGUGUCAAUGAGGGCGCAGCCCUCAAAGGCGGUAACAUGACCGGCUAUCUCACUGCAGAGGAGAAGGACGGCUUCCACCACGAACAGCGAAACUAA